AUGUAUGUAGAAAUUUUGUCAAAAGUAGAUGCUCCUCUCUUAUACUUUGAAGCCCGCAACCUCGCCAACACAACAUCAAAGAAAAAUGCAGCAUUGCAAGUUUACAACAGCCUACUAGCAGAACUGCUUGACUGUUAUCACCACGACCAUAACUACCAUUAUCAUUACAACGUCCACGUCCACGACCCAUGCCUGGCCACACCCUUAUCUGACAUGCUAGACGCGAGGAGGGUGACGCGUUUCUUACACGCGGCGGCGGCGGCUGCAGCAAAACUACCGUCGCGGCUGAGCUUCACUGACGGCGCGGUCGAUCUUGCCGCCGUCAGAUUUCGCCGCCGCCAGAUCUCGCCACCGCGUCCUCCCGCCACCACCUCCUCGACACGAAGACCUCUUCGGUCGCCAGAUCCCGCCGCCUCCUCGCCGUCGCCCCCAACGGAACCUCCAACCACCGUAUCCUCUGCGCCGUCAGCUCGGCCACCAGCAGCUCCGUUGAACUGGCGUUCACUCCGGAACCCAAGCCUUAUUGGAUUUCAAUCGAAGAGGAGGAGGGUCCACCAAGCUGGGACCCUGUGCCUGACCCUUGGAGCUGUUUACCUCAUCCUGGCAAAGGUAUUGUUCUUAUCUAUCCCACCUAUGGAAGAUUGUCUUGAGAAGGGAGAAAAAUCCUCAUCUAUGUAUCACUCUUGCUUUUGAUGGGAGGAGAUGUACUGUUUUUUGAUGCAGUGUACUUAAAGCGGCGGAAGCUUGUUUUAACUGUUGGUCGUUAAGCUAGGGACAUGUUUAGCCUGUUUCAUUGUGUCAGGGCCUUGUUGCUGGAUGUACAGUUUGCACUAGUAUCAUGUGUUCGGGAAUCUUAUUUCGCAACAAUUAACUUCAGCGCUCCUGCAUGCUUCAGGACACAAGUUUACAAGGGAUUGUUGUUAAUGUACUCUGAUCAA